GGGUCGCGCGCCGCCCGAUGGCCGCGGCGCUGGGGCCGCCCGGCCCCGCCAUGGAGCGGCCGCCGGGCCGGGGCCUCCUGCCGGGCCUGCGCCCAGCCCCGGGCGCCGGGCGAGCGGCGGCACAGCCCGGCCGAGCCGCCGAGCCGCCCUGGGGGUUCGGCCGCACCCCCCGCCCGCCCACCUACUCCCUCCCGCCGUCGCCCGCCGGCCGCCGCGGCCUGGAUGAGCUGUCCCGCAGCCUGGCCUGGCCGCUGGGCGGCCCCGCGCCCGCCGGGCAGCGGCAGGAGGAGGAGGAGGAGGAGGCGGCCGGUGCCCAGCCCUGCCCGCCCGCCGGCCCCGGGCUGAAGUUCGGGCUGCUGCCGCCCGAGCUGCACGCCCGGCUGCUGGACCAGGAGGACUACAGGAGUCGGACGCAGGCCGUGGAGGAGCUGAAGAGGGUGGUCGGAGGUGCCAGCCAGGCUGCCGUCACCUCCGCGCCCGCCUCCAGCCUCCUGGGGCUCCUCAGCCUCCUCUGCACCCUCCUGGACGACUCCAACUUCAAGGUGGUGCUCGGGGCGCUGGAGGUGAUCCACCUGCUGGCCCUGCGCCUGGGUGACCACGUCCAGGGCUUCCUGACACCGCUGGUCUCUGCUGCCGCCAAGGUGCUGGGGGACAACAAGCUGGCCAUCCGGCAGGAGUACAGCCGGCUCUUCCUGCAGCUGAUGAAGGCCGCGGGGCCUCAGCAGGUGCUGGCCCUGCUGCUGCUGCAGCAGUUCCUGCGCCACAAGAACUCCAGGGUCCGCGAGGAGGUGGUCAACAUCUGCAUCGUGGCCCUCCUGACUUACCCCAGCGAGGAGAUGGACUUGGCCAAGCUGGCCUUCGGGCUGGCCCCAGCCCUGGUGGACAGCAAGCCCCGGGUCCGGCACGCGGCCAUGGAGGCGUUUGCUGCGCUGGCCUCUUCCAUGGGCCCGGGCAAAGCCCCCCUCCUCUUCAAGGCCCUGGACACCGUGGAGCUCGAGGACAACGGGGACGGGGUGAUGCAUGCCGUGCAGGCCAGGCUGGCCAGGAAGACCUUGCCACGGCUGGUCGACCAAGGGUUUGUAGAGUACGGUGUGCCCUUGCCAUCACCUGGUCACAGCAGGGGUUCCCGUUUCCCCCCCGGGGCAGACACAGACUGGCUGCUGAUGGGCAGCAGGACUCGGAGCGCACACAGUUACCUCGGGUGUCCCCCGAGGGAUGAUGAUGCUCUGCAGAGCUCCAGCUCACACGGAGCCUGUGCAGAGCAAGGACUGAGUCCAAGGAGAGUCUUGAGUGCGGGUAAAGGAAAAAAACUGCCUUGGGAAAACGAGGAUGCUGGGGAGAGGGAAGGUGGUUCAGAAGACAAGAUGCCUUUCACAAGGGGUGUGGAGCAGUUCUCUACAUCCAAUGAUUUUCUUCACUCUCCAAAGUUAAGGCCCUCUCAAGGCAUACCAGUCAGUGAUGAGUUAUUUUUUAGUAGAAAAAGAGCUUCAAGAAGUUUAUUUCAGAAUAGUAUAGAUUUUAACUCUGAGCGUUCUUCUGUUUGCGCUGGUGCUAUGGGCUCUCAUCAGCCACAGAUUUCAGGGAAAUGUGGAGCACUUGGAUACACACAGCCCCGUGGGAAGAGUGAUAGUGUGGACUCUGAUUUGCAAGGCUUAAGAUUAAAUACCAGUCAGCAAGACAAAGUUAGUGCCAACCUGAAUUUUUCCAGCAAGAUCCAGAAAAGUUCUUGCAACCAAGCAGAGUCCUCCCAAGGUCCUCAUGCAGGCCAGGGCACCUUCAUUCUGCCAUCUUACCCCUUGUCAUCGCCCAGGAGCAGCCCCAAGCACCUCUCCUCUCCAUCUGCCUCUCCAAAGAAACCACAGGAGAAUACCACGAACUUGUCAAACUCCUGGCCUCUGAAAAGCUUUGAAGGACUGCCUAAUCCCAGCUCGCAGACGCAGCUUCUCAGUCUAAAAGCAGGGGAGAGUUUGCAGGAGAAACACUCUCCUCUGCAGCUGAAGCCCACCUUGGUGAAGCCCCCAGCCUCCCGCAGGGCCCUGAGCGGGGCCCGGCCCGUGCCCCCCAUCCCGCGCCUCCCCAGCCCCCUGCCCGACAAGAUGGAGCUCAGUGCGACCAGGUGGAGGAGUCAGGAGGGUGAGGACCUGUGGCUGGAGGAGGUGGAUAAGAACCUUGCAGAGCUAAAUGUUGAUGAUGAGGAAGAGGACCAAGAAGAGAUGCAGAAUUCCCUCAGAUCUCUGCGGAACAGUGCAGCUAAGAAGAGGGCAAAGCUGAGCAGCAACAUUUUGGAUCUUGGAAGUCCCGAUUCUGCUCUUAAAGUGGAUUUUUCUGGGGACUCCCCCUCCCACGCUUCCCCCCGCAGCCUGGGCUGCUGCAGUGAGAGUGGAGUGUACAGCCAGGAGCCUCUGCCUUCCCCUGUGCCCACAGUCCCCCGGAGAAGGAGAAUAAUGUCCGACACCUUUCCACUACUUGGCAGGAAACCACAGCCUGGGAGAGCAUCUUCAGCGAGAAGCAGAGCCCCAGACAUGGGAGAACACAACUUCAGCACAGGUCUUGCAGAGUCAACACCUCAUUUUCCACAGAUGAACAGUCUAGAUUUCCUUUCACCAGGUGUCCUGCCUGAAGAUGCAGCUGUAACUGUUGGUAAAGGUGUAUUGGGAAGUCUUCCUCCUGCAGGACCAUCCAUAACGUGUGUGGCCAACGGAGAUGACCAAGCUGUGAGAAAGGACACUGAGCCAUCAUCAGGGAGGAGCACCCAGCACAGCAGUGUGUCUCAUUUCCAUGUUGAAAAUGAGGGAGAGAUGAAAAUUCCCAUGUCAAAAUGUGCCCAGGAUAAGGUGAGAAGGAAGAAAAAGGAAGAACACAAUCAUAAAGAACAUCAGGAAGUCAGAGACCUCGAAGAAAAGGAGGAGAACCUUUGGGAGAGACUGAAGCUGAAUGAACUAGAGAAAAUGACAACAGAAAAAAACAUGGCCCUGAAUCCUUCAUUAAAAAGAACCUCCAGUUUGAAGAAGGCAAGAUGUUCAGCCUUGCUGGAUUCUGAUGAUGUUCCCUUUGGGACACAGAGACGCUGUAAGGACUGGACCUCAUCAGUCACUCGCAGCCCAGAGAUCCUGGACCCAUCAGAGCUGCAGCCCUUUGCAAAGCCAGAGACAGCCCUGGAAGAGGCCUUGCUGCUUGUAGCUGAUGAUGACUGGGAGAAGAAAAUUCAAGGUCUGAACUCUGUGAGAUCUUUGUCUGCCUCCCAUGCAGCUGUCCUGACUGCAAACCUGCAUGAAACCUGUUUGGCUGUGGCACAGGAGGUCAAGAAUUUACGCUCAGGUGUUUCUCGAGCUGCUGUGGUCUGUUUAGGGGAUUUGUUCACCUACCUGAAAAAGAGCAUGGAUCAAGAACUAGAUAAUACAGUAAAAGUCCUUUUGCACAAAGCUGGUGAAUCCAACACAUUUAUAAGGGAAGAGGUAGACAAAGCACUGAACGCUAUGGUUAAUAAUGUGACUCCAGCACGUGCACUUUGUUCUCUUAUAAAUGGAGGGCAAAGCCACCUGCACUGGGCCGUGAGGAGAUGUGCAGCCCAGCACCUCUCGGACGUGGUGGAGCGGCUGGGAGCCAGGCGCCUGCUGUCGGGAGCCAGGGCGGUGGUGGAUCGGCUGCUGCCGGCCGUGGCCAGAUUUACACAGGACAGCUCACAGCAAACCAGGUUUUACGGCCGGAAGAUGCUCUUCAGUAUGAUGGCUCAUCCUGAUUUUGAUAGAACACUUGAAAAGUAUGUGCCAACCAAGGAUUUGCUCUGCAUUAAGGAGUGUGUCAGCAAUCUGCGUGACAAGGGUUUGGGGGAGAUGCCAUUAGAUACAUCCUCAGCAAAAGGAAGACGUUCCUAUACUGGUAGUGUUGGACGUUCAAGGUCAUCAUCUAUUUCCAGAGAUGUUCUCAACAUCACUGAGAGAGAGUCAGCAGAGCCCCAUGAAGUCACAAGAAAAGCAGUUCCUCGUAAUGCACUGGAAAUGGAAGAGUAUGCUAAAGACAUCAUAGAUUCACUGAACGCAAAGGACUUCCGACACCGGAUGAGUGGCAUUAAGCGGCUCUUAUCAGACACAGAGAACAAUCAAGGCUUUGUUGUUGCAAAUCUUGUGAAGAUCUUCGACGCCUUCAAGUUGCGCUUGCACGACUCCAACAGCAAAGUCAGUCAGGUUGCCUUGGAGAGCAUGCACAAGAUGAUCCCCUUGCUGAAGGACAAUUUGUCACCUGUGAUCAACGUGUUAAUUCCUGCCAUCGUAGACAACAACCUGAACUCCAAAAAUCCAGGGAUUUAUGCAGCUGCCACAAAUGUUAUUCAGGCUCUAUGUCAACACAUAGACAACUCUCUGCUCCUCCAGCCAUUCUGCACAAAAGCCCAGUUUCUGAAUGGAAAAGCAAAACAAGACCUGACGGAAAAGCUUGCUGACCUUGUUACGGAGCUGUACCCCCGGAAGCCUCACGCUGUGGAGCAGAAGGUGCUGGCUGUCCUUUGGCACCUGCUGGGCAGCCUGACGAGCGGCGGCUCCUUGCCUGGAGCCGGCGGGAACAUGCGGGCAGCCACAGCCAAGCUUUCCAGAGCGCUUUUUGCACAGAUGGGGCAGAGCCUCUUCACUCACGCUGCCUCCCAGCCGCCACACGUCAGGAAGAGUUUGGAGGAGUUUCUGGAGACGGCAGCCUGAAGCAAGAAGUCAGCCUGAAGCAAGAAGUCAGCCUGAAGCACAAAGUCAGCCUGCGUGUGUGGGACCGGUGCGGCGGCCGGGCUGGGACAGAGGGAGAGCUGUGGGCACGGGGACACCGGGAGCAGCCCAGCGGCGGGUGGCAGCGCCCGUGGGGAUGAGGGACGGUCCCUCCCACUCGCCUGCACUUGGAAUCCUCAAGCACACGGGGCGGGAAGGGACCUGUACGGGUUAUCUCUUCCAGCCCCGCUGCCACCCGCAGGGACACCUCCAGCCGCAGCCGGUGGCUCCGCGCCCCGCAGGCCUGACCCCCGUCCUGGGCCGGGGUCUCCAGGGCCGGGGUCUCCAGGGCCGGGGUCUCCAGGGCCUGUCCGGACACCCCGCUCCAGGGACCCUCACCUUCCCCUGCGGGCACAGCCCCCCGCCGGCCGUGGUGGAAAAACGCAUCGCAGAGCCACGUUCCCACUUGUUUCAGGGCUCAGCUCGGACCGCGGCAGGCGGAAGAAAAACCCCAGAACUUAACCCUACGCGUCUUCUCGCUUGUAUCUGUGAAAACAACCUAUUUUUUUUUUAACCCGCAGCGGCGCAGUUACGACCUCGCCGUGAGGUCCCGGGAGACCAGCCCCAGCCGUUCCCCGGGCCCCCCGCCCCUCGCGCUGUACCGGGCCCCGCCGCCAAUAAAGGAUGGAUCUCGGUA